AUGGAUUGGGAAUUGGCUCAGUGGCAUCCAUUGAUUCAAGACAGAAAAUUUCUGCCCUGGCUCAUUAAGGUGCCUUCGGAUAAAUUGCUCUUGAGGGCCCGUGAUAUUUCCCAAGCUCAAAUGACAAAACUAGAAGAACUCUGGAAAAACGAACCGGAUGUUAAGUAUGCAGAUUUGCACCGUCCUGACAUUGUUGAUGAAGAGGAAAUGGCACCUACCCUGCUGCAGUACGAAGAUGGAUUCCAUUAUCAAAACAUUUUGGCUCCACUGGUAAAAAUCGAAGCAGACUAUGAUCGCCAGAUCAAGGAGAGUCUGACAGAGGAAAGUAUUUCGGUUAGGUGGGACAAAUCCCUUGCUGGUAAGAAUGUGGCAACUUUUUCAUUCCAUCGCAUGGCGGUCGAACAGUCGCGUAUUAUGGUGGGAGACGAGCUUCGUCUCAAGCUAGGUGAAGGGGCCCAAUUUCUAUAUGGAAGGCCCUGGGAAGGAGUUGGAUAUGUCAAGGAUAUCAUCGAUAGCGAGGUGGAACUAGAGCUUCGCACCGGAGGAAACGUGCCGGAUUCACUUUCCGACGACUACGUUGUGGAAUAUAUUUGGAAGAGUACCUCUUACGACAGGAUGCAAAGUGCAAUGAAAACCUUUGCCAUCGAUGACACUUCUGUGACUGGUUACAUUUAUCACAAAUUGCUCGGACACCCGGUCGAAGAGCAGCGCAUUGCCACGGCUCGUAUUCCUUCCGGCGAAGAGGCCUUUACGGUUCCAGGCUUGCCUCCACUAAACGACUCCCAGAUUGAAGCAGUUGCAGCAGUUCUCCAGCGUCCCUUGAGUUUGAUUCAGGGACCUCCUGGAACGGGAAAAACCGUCACGAGUGCAACCCUUGUGUACCAUCUUACCCGCCAGAACAUGGGACAGGUGCUCGUAACGGCACCAAGUAAUGUCGCUGUUGAUCAGCUCACGGAGAAAAUUGCUGCUACCGGACUUCGUGUCGUUCGUUUGGCAUCCAAGACACGCGAGGCAACAUCGAGCUCUGUGGACCAUCUCUGUUUGCACGUCAUGACGCCGUUGGCUGCUGGCGAUGAAUUCAACAAACUGCAACGCCUCAAAAAUGAGAUUGGUGAACUCAGCGAGCGUGAUCAGAAGAAGUACAGGUCGCUUCGCAACAAGACGGAGCGUGAAAUCUUGCAAGCCGCUGAUAUCAUCUGCUGUACAUGUGUCGGUGCUGGUGAUCCACGUCUCAAGAACUUUCGAUUCCGUCAGGUCCUCAUUGACGAAGCAACCCAAGCCAUUGAAGCAGAAGCCUUGAUUCCAAUUGCGAUGGGUGCCAAACAGGUUGUAUUUGUUGGUGAUCACUGCCAGCUUGGUCCGGUUGUGAUGUGCAAAGCCGCAGCAAAGGCUGGUUUGACUCAAAGUAUGUUCGAGCGCCUUGUGUUGAUUGGAAAUCGUCCCAUUCGUCUGCAAGUUCAGUAUCGGAUGCACCCUGCUUUGUCUGAGUUCCCCUCAAAUAUGUUCUACGAAGGAAGUCUCCAGAAUGGUGUUACCGAAGCCGAUCGCCAACUCUUGAAUAUGCCUGGCUACGCAGGAAAAGAGGACUUCCCUUGGCCAGUGCCCAACAAACCCAUGUUUUUCUACUCGAUUUCUGGCAUGGAAGAGAUCUCCGCGUCUGGUACCUCGUACUUGAAUCGCACGGAAGCGUCGUACGUCGAAAAGGUUGUAACGCAUCUGCUUCGAAUGGGUGUCACACCAGGGCAGGUUGGUGUUAUCACCCCUUAUGAUGGCCAGAAAAAAUAUGUCUCCGAGUACAUGAGACGGGCGGGUGCCUUGGCCAGCGCUCUCUACGAGGCUAUCGAAGUUGCCUCAGUGGAUGCUUUCCAAGGCCGUGAGAAAGAUUUCAUUCUUGUCUCAUGCGUCCGUUCCAGCGAAACGCAGGGUAUUGGGUUCUUGUCCGACCCCCGUCGUCUCAAUGUCGCAUUGACCCGUGCCCGACUUGGAAUUAUCUUGCUUGGAAAUCCUCGCGUUUUGAGCAAGAAUCCGCUCUGGGCUGCCCUCCUCCUGCAUUUCAAGGAGUAUGACUGUCUUGUGGAAGGCCCACUCAACAACCUACAACCCAGUUACAUGACAUUUGCUCGUCCACGCAGAAACGUCGCAAGCGAUUCUCGAUACGCCUUCACGGCCCUUGCCCGUGGUGGCUGGGAUGGACGCUGGGACGAUCGUCGUGAUCCCCACAACGCUCCUGGUUUCCGCAACGGCGGCCGCCGAGGUCGUCGAGGAAAACAUGAGCAGAGUGACUCGCGAUUUGAUCCCAGAUACGACAAUGGCAACUAUGGUGGUGGUUAUGACGAAAACAACAAUGCAGCUACCAAUAGGGGACUCCCCAUUCCCAGCUUUGCACCUUUGCCGCAUUAUGCCGGUGCUGAUGACUUGAGCAGUGUAGGCGGUGACAGUGCUUACGAUGGUUCUCAGUACGGAGGCUCCAGAGCCAGUUUCUGGUCCCAGCGCGAGAAGGCGAACCAAGGGCCCCAAAUGGGCUACUUUGUGGGCGGUCCUCUCGGAGCUGGGAAUGACUCUCGCAGGUAA